UCGUCUCCACAGAUUUCUCAGAGGAGAAUGGGUGUAAGAAAUGAAUCCACAGUGACUGAGUUUCUUCUUUCAGGAUUAACUGACCAGCCAGAGCUUCAGCUGCCCCUCCUCUGCCUCUUCUUAGGGAUUUGUAUACUUACAGUGAUGGGAAACCUCGGCAUGAUCUCAAUAAUCGGAUUGAGUUCUCAAUUCCACACCCCCAUGUACUGUUUCCUCAGUAGUUUGUCUUUUUUUUUAGAUUUCUGCUAUUCUGUCGUUACCCCAAAAAUGCUGGCAGGGUUUUUAUGCAGAGAUAAAGUUAUAUCCUAUUCUGGAUGCAUGACCCAGCUGUUUUUCUUCUGUAUUUUUCUCAUUUCUGAAUCGGCAGCAAUGGCCUAUGACAGCUAUGUCGCCACCUGCAGCCCCCUUCUCUACAAUGUCAUCAUGUCCCCCAGGGUCUGUUCUCUGCUGGUGGCUGCUGUCUUCCCAUUAGGUUUUACUGAUGCUGUGAUUCAUGGUGGUUCUAUGUUAAGGUUGACUUUCUGUGAAUCAGACAUCAUUAAACAUUAUUUCUGUGACAUUGUUCCUCUCAUUAAACUCUUCUGUUCCAGAACUUAUAUUGAUGAGCUUUUGAUUUUUGUCAUUGGAGGAUUUAACAUAGUAGCCACCAGCUUGACAAUCAUCAUUUCAUAUGCUUUUAUCCUCUCCAGCGCCCUCCACAUCCACUCUAAAGAGGGCCGGUCCAAAGCCUUCAGCACCUGCAGCUCCCACUUGACAGCUGUUCUUACAUUUCAUGCGUCUCUCAUGUCCAUGUAUCUCACACCUGCUUCCAGCAGUUCACUAACCCAGGAGAAAGUGUCCUCAGUAUUUUACACCAGUGUGAUUCCCAUGUUGAAUCCCGUGAUAUAUAGUUUGAGGAACAAGGAAAUGAAAAAUGCACUGAUGAAACUCUUAAGAAGAAAAGUAUCUUCACAAUUAAUAAGCUUUUUUUAA